UGGCCGGUAGCCUGGCAUUCCAGUUCCGGCCAAUGUCCGACACGAAACGCAUUGUAACCGAAUUCGUGUAUUGCCUGCUCCUCAGAGGUGGCAAGAUGCCGCCGCCCGUGCUGUACUACCUGCCGCCUAGUCCGCCCUGCCGCAGCAUCCUGCUGCUGGCCAAGAUGCUGGACAUCGACUUCGAGCUGAAGAUCGUCAACAUCCUGGAGGGGGAGCAGCUGAAGCCGGACUUUGUGGCCAUGAAUCCGCAGCACUGUGUGCCGACCAUGAACGACGAGGGUCUGGUUUUGUGGGAAAGUCGUGCCAUACUCUCCUAUUUGGUGGCUGCCUACGGCAAGAGUGACCAACUGUAUCCCACGGACAUACGGGUGAGGGCUUUGGUGGACCAACGCCUCCAGUUCGAUCUGGGCACCCUCUACAUGCGACUCACGGACUACUAUUUCCCCACAAUGUUUAUUGGUGCGCCCCUGGACGAAGGAAAGCGCGCCAAGUUGGCGGAGGCUGUGGGCUGGCUAAACACAAUCUUGGAGGGCAGGCAGUUUUCCGCCGCCGAUCACUUCACCAUCGCGGAUCUCACGCUUUUGGUGACCGUUUCCCAGCUGGAGGCCUUCGAGUUUGAACUUCGACCGUAUAAACAUAUCCGCCAAUGGCUCGAUCGCUGCAAGGAUCACAUGGCACCGUUUGACUACGAGGAACUCAAUGCCAAUAAGGCCAAUAUGCUGGCCGAUAUGUUCAAGGCCAAGAUGAAUCAAUCGGCGCACUGAUUCUUAAAAUCAGUGUUACAGUAGCGAAAAAAAUAUUUUAUAUUUACUAUCAGUUGUGUAAGUGUUGUAUUAAAUAAAUAAAUUGUUCUGUAAACAAG